AUGGGGUCGUACCUAUCUCUCCCAAAAAGACAACAACCUUCUCAUCGCGAGAAGCGUCAAAGAUCACCAGAAGUCGACGAUAACAACGACAUUACUACCACCGCUUCCAAUACGCCCAAAAGACAAUGCGUCGAGAAAUCACCCCUUUUAAACUACGAAGAUCUCUGCGCAAAUGUUGGACACGCCGCUCGGACAAUGAACAAAUAUCUGAAGAGGAAGUCCAAGGAGUACUACUGGCUUCGUGCGCGUACAGAUCACCUCGUGCAAACUGAUGAGGAGCACGAAGCGAUAUUAAAGAAGGAAAAGGAGUUAAAUGAGCUUGUGCAUAAGAUGCGUGAAGUUUUAGAGGUUUUGACGGAUUUGUUGGAAGAAAAUAAGCCUUCUACUCUGAGAGGGCUUGGUUGA